AUGGACGGCGCUCCACACCACGGCGGCCGGCGGGCCCCCAGGACUCCACAAGGGGACGUCAAUAGCUUCUGGUCCAAGUUCUCGCGCAAACGGCCGAGCAAGGUGACAUCCAUCUUCCCGCGCUUGUUGUACGCCAGCCUGCUCCCCAGCCACCCCGACCCCCGCGGCGCAUCGUCGGCGCGCAACGCGGCCGAGAGCUACGACAUCGCGGCCAGGGAGUGCCGCGACAAGGUCAGGCGCAUCAGGGAGGAGUGCGAGCGCACAAACGAGAAGUUCACGGACCCGGACUUCGACAUCGAGGCGGACUUUGAGAUCAGGAACAACUGCCUCUUUGGGCUGUUCCCGCCGCCGCCGCCGCCCUCGCACCGCCGUGGCAUUUCCCCCCCUCCUCCACCCCCCGACGACGUCAGUGUCACCAGCACCGCCCCGUCGGGCGCCCACCGGGGCCCCGGGUCGGUCCACCGCCUCGACUGGAUCUUCAGGAACCCGCAGUUCACCGUCAAUGGCUACUCGCACACGGACGUCCAGCAGGGCGUCGGCGGGGACUGCUGGUGGCUGGCCGCCAUCUCGACCAUCGCCCACCGCAAGGACCUCAUGGACCGCAUCUGCGUCGACCGGGACGAGGAGUGCGGCGUGUACGGGUUCGUGUUCCAGCGCGACGGGGAGUGGGUAUCCACGGUCGUCGACGACAACCUGUACCUCUCCUCUCGGGACUUUAGAGAGCUCCAGCCGGAGGUUUUCGACCCCGACGGUUCCAAGGCCGCAAAGUUCAGGUCGCUGCGCCAGAAGGGGUCCGAGGCGCUCUACUUCAGCCGGUGCACCGAGGAGAACGAGACGUGGCUGCCGCUGCUGGAGAAGGCUUAUGCGAAAGCCCACGGGGAUUUCGAGGCCAUUGAUGGUGGAUAUGUUGGAGACGGGGUCGAGGAUAUGACUGGCGGUGUCAACACGUCUAUUGCUACUAACAAGGUACUGAGAAAGGAUAGAUUGUGGAGGGAGCUGAGCAGCUCUGACGGGCAAUUCGUGUUCGGUCUGUCUGCUCAAUCCCGCUUCGGUAGGGUAGAAGCCGAUUCGGGAGUGGCUCUUGGUCAUGCUUAUACUAUACUCCGAGCAGUCGAAGUGGACGCGGAAGACGGAAAGAGCUCGGUGCGCCUUGUCAAGAUCAGGAACCCAUGGGGAAAGAGAGACCCCAGAGGCAGAGUCGGCGAGUGGAACGGAAGGUGGUCAGACGGGUCCGAAGAAUGGACGCCGUACUGGAUGGAAAAGCUUGACCACCGCUUCAAGGACGACGGCGUGUUCUGGAUGGAGUAUGGCGACAUGCUCCAGACGUUCAGGUAUAUUUACCGCACACGUUUGUUCGACGAGCACUGGACGGUCAUCCAGCAGUGGGCGAGCUGCAGCGUCUCGUGGCUCACUGGCUAUCUGCGCACCAAAUUCGUCCUUGACGUCAAGAAAGCUGGCAUGGUUGUGAUUGUGAUGGGACAAUUGGACACACGCUACUUCAAAGGCCUGGAGGGCCCGUACCAGUUCAGUCUCCACUUCGUCGUUCGAAAACAGGGGAGUCAGAUUGGGGACUACAUUUGCAGAGUCCGGCCAGCCCACGGGGGUAGAGAUCGAUCCGUCAGUUGCGAGAUAGACCUUGACGAAGGCCAGUACGAGGUCGUGCCGCAGAUUACCGCCGAGCGGAACCAGAAGCGCACCGUUGAGUCCUUGGUCCCGGAUUACGCCGACACAAACCCACAGAAGCUCAGGCAAGUGGGAUUACAAUACGACCUUGCUCACGCAAAGGGAGGCAUUCCAGAUGAAGAUAUGAAGAUUGAGAAGGAAAAGUCCAAGUCCAAGAGAAAGCCUCACGUAAGGCAUCAUCAUCCCCACAUUCGGGGAAGAUUUGUGGAGUUCGAUGUCGAUGUCGAUGUCAUGUCACCACAGGAGCCGACACCCAGCGAGGGAAGCGGCGGCAAGUCGGAGGGUCAAGCCGAGCUCGAAGAAUUCCAAGACGCAACCGAGAGCCCAUCGACUGUAGGCGGGCACCCAUGCGACUGCCAAGAAGGCGAUAGGAGCGGAGAGCCUGGAGGCCAGCCGAGGGAGAAGCUCACGGUAAAGACCGAACAUGCAGAGAAGGAAAAUGGCGAGAAUCACCAGGAAGAAGAACAUGAAGGACCUGGACGAGGAAACGAACCCGUCCCGAUGAAUGGAGACAGAGUUGGAGCAGAGGUGGAAGCUGAGAUCAACCCGAACGUCGACGAGCAUGCUGAGGAACAGUCCACAGACGGAUCUCCUGAUUCUGAUCAUGAGGACGGUGAUGACGGACAGUGGAAUGCUGUCUGUGUCGCUUGUCUCCGGGUCUACUCCAGAGAUCCAGAUUUGACCAUCACGUUGGUGACCCCGGAGAACAAGCAAGGAGCAUCGAACUUGGUAAGGGGCAAGGAGCCCGCAGGAGCAACGAUGUAA